CUGUCGUCUCUGCAGAGCCUGCGCCGGCCGCCCCGGGACCUCAGCGGAGCUGCGGCUUCAAGAGUUGGCGCGCGGGGCGGACUCCGUGGAACUGGCUUAGCGCGGCCACCCCGCCUUCCCGCACCCUGGGACCGGUCCAACGGGCGCUCCUCCAAGCGGAGCCUUGGAGGGCAAGGCCGGCACCAUUACCUCCAACGAGUGGAGCUCUCCUAACUCCCCUGAGGGGAGCAACGUCUCUGGGGGCAGCCAGGCAUUGGACAAGCCCAUCGACAAUGACGCGGAGGGCGUGUGGAGCCCGGACAUCGAGCAGAGCUUCCAGGAGGCCCUGGCGAUCUACCCACCCUGCGGCCGGCGCAAGAUCAUCCUGUCGGAUGAGGGCAAGAUGUACGGUCGGAAUGAGCUGAUCGCCCGCUACAUCAAGCUCCGGACUGGCAAAACCCGCACCAGGAAGCAGGUCUCCAGCCACAUCCAGGUGCUGGCUCGUCGCAAAGCACGUGAGAUCCAGGCCAAGCUAAAGGAUCAGGCAGCUAAGGACAAGGCCCUGCACAGCAUAGCUGCCAUGUCGUCCGCACAGAUCAUCUCCGCCACAGCCUUCCACAGUAAAAUGGCCCUCGCCCGGGGCCCUGGCUGCCCAGCAGUCUCAGGGUUUUGGCAAGGAGCUUUGCCGGGCCAAGCCGGAACGUCCCACGAUGUGAAACCUUUCUCUCAACAAACCUACACUGUUCAGCCUUCGCUGCCUCUGCCAGGCUUUGAGUCUCCUGCGGGACCCGCCCCAUCACCCUCAGCACCCCCGGCACCCCCGUGGCAGGGCCGCAGCGUGGCCAGCUCCAAGCUCUGGAUGUUGGAGUUCUCUGCCUUCCUGGAGCAGCAGCAGGACCCCGAUACGUACAACAAGCACCUGUUCGUGCACAUUGGCCAGUCAAGCCCGAGCUACAGUGACCCCUACCUCGAAGCCGUGGACAUCCGCCAGAUCUAUGACAAGUUCCCAGAGAAAAAGGGUGGACUCAAGGAGCUCUUUGAACGGGGACCUUCUAAUGCCUUUUUUCUCGUGAAGUUCUGGGCAGACCUCAACACCAACAUGGAGGACGAAGGCAGCUCCUUCUACGGGGUCUCCAGCCAAUACGAGAGUCCCGAGAACAUGAUAAUCACAUGCUCCACCAAGGUCUGCUCAUUCGGCAAGCAGGUGGUGGAGAAAGUGGAGACAGAGUAUGCCCGCUAUGAGAACGGCCACUACUCCUACCGCAUCCACCGGUCUCCUCUCUGUGAGUACAUGAUCAACUUCAUCCACAAGCUGAAGCACCUGCCCGAGAAGUACAUGAUGAACAGCGUGCUGGAGAACUUCACCAUCCUGCAGGUGGUCACCAACAGAGACACGCAGGAGACCUUGCUGUGCAUUGCGUAUGUCUUUGAGGUGUCCGCCAGCGAGCGUGGGGCUCAGCACCACAUCUACCGGCUGGUGAAAGAAUAAGAGACUCGGGGAGCAGGGAGGGGGGAAGAGAUGUCGUGUGCAGGGACACGGGGCGGGGACCGGCAGGGGCAGCCCCCGCCGGAAAUGCCAAGACAGCUGAAAGGUCAUGACUCUUCCUAUCCAGGAGCAAACUGUGCCUGAACCUACAAUGCCCCCAAUAAACCCAAGAUUUGUGUAUUUUCAGA